GAAAUGCAUUAUGAAUUUUGCUCUACGUUCCCAUAGUGGAAAUUUUCAUUAAAUGGCUGGCAGCCGUAGUGUGAAGACGUGUGUUUAGUGAACUUUGUAAAAAUUCAGGAUGCCUUGCAGUGAAGACGAUGAUUCCCAGACUGGGUUCUCUGAGCCCACCCAUGGGAUGACCAAGGCAGAGUUAAGAAAGACGAACAAACCAAUAAUGGAGAAGAAGCGGCGCGCGCGCAUCAAUCAUUGUCUCAACGAGCUCAAAGAGUUGCUACUGGAUAAAAGUGACAAAGACCCCGCCCGUCACUCCAAGCUAGAGAAAGCCGACAUUCUGGAGCUGACCGUGAAGCACCUGCAGAAGCUGCAGCGCCAGCAGCUGGCGGCCGCCAUCGCCGCCGACCCCGCGGUUCUGCACCGCUUCAAGUCCGGCUUCGGCGACUGUGCCGUGGAAGUCCGCCGUUACCUCUCCCGCCUCGCCAGCGUGCCCACCGGCCUCCGCCACAGACUCGGCAAUCAUCUGAACUCCUGUAUCGACGGCAUCGAGCACCUCCACCCCGUCCCUGAAUACCCUCCGCUCGUCCCUGACCCCCUCAGAAUAGACCACGACCGACCCAGCGCUUUCCAUUUCGUCAAAAACCUAAAACCCGCCAGCCCUCCUCUCAGCCCUUUGUCGUGCGACUCCGCGUGCGACUCUUCCACAGAACUCGAAACUCCUCCGCGGCCCGUCCAGACCUUCCCGUUCCCGACUCCCCCCAGCAGGUCAGCAUCAGACCAGGACUCCAGUCCAGAAACACAGAAACCUACAGUCUCGUCUACAACGAUAUCACCAGAAACAUUGAAGCAAGAAGCGCUACGUAACAAGAAGUAUAUGGAGCCGCUAUCAAUUAUAAUAGACGUUGAAAAUUACAAAAUUGGAAUAGACGCGUCUCCAAAAAGAGCUGUCGAUUAUUCCAUUAGACACAAAUUAAAAAGGCCCGUAGUGGAGAUAUCUGGGCCAACACCGAAGGUCAUAAGAAUAGAGGCGGAAAGGAAACCGGUUGAGAAGGAUGAAAGGAGAUCGCCAGAGAAAAUAUCGGCUUUCAAAAGAGUACCAGAAAAGAAGUUAACGGUGCCUGAAAGCAUUCCAACGCCUUUGGAGAGGCCUGGUUUUGAUAGAGUGAUAAAAAGUGAGAUUCCAAGAACAGUUAUAAGUCAUACUGCGAUUUCCCUUGCGCAGUCUUCGAGUGUCAAAAAAGAAAUGGUGAUAGAGAAGGUGGAGGUCAAAGAAGAGGCUGACAUUAGCUCAAAGUCGCCGGCACAAGGCACCUCAGGUACUAGUAGUACAGAAAUGUGGAGGCCGUGGUGAUUUUAUAAUAGACGUUGUUUAUAUAGAAUAGUAUUUUACACAGCUUUAAGUAUUUACCUCUAUGGUAUACGUUUAAAUGAUUGAUAUUAAAGUUUAUUUUAAAUUUUUUUGUAGUCGUGUUAUUUAAAAAUUAAAAAAUUUUUG